GUGCGUGCGGGUGGCCCUAUAGCUGCGCGGAGAAGUUGGGGCUGUGCCUGGUUCCCUGCCGGCCCCCCUCCUUUCGCUACCUUGAAGCCCCACCUCCGGAGCCUAGGUGUUGCUUUCCUGCUGCCACUGGCCGCUUGGCACGGGCAACUCUCGGGGCAGCUCCAAGGGAGCUGGCAUUGUGAAACCACCGGACGUCACGGAACUGAACUUAACCUGUUGGGGACUGGAGAAAAGUUGACGAGGCCUUAAGUUGCCACACUCACCCCCCAGGGAGCUUGGGAUUGGCAGGGGGCAGAUUCUUUCUGGAGCUGCGUGCCCUUCACACCUCCCACUAGGCUGCUUGGGAACGGCAGGAGCAGCUGAUGGGAUAUCGGAAGAGAGGGCCGAAGCCCAAACCACUGGUGGUGCAGGUACCUACCUUUGCCCGUCGUUCCAACGUGCUGACCGGACUCCAGGACUCCUCGGCUGACAACCGCGCCAAGCUGGAGCUGGGUGGUCAGGGCAAGGGCCAGGGGCACCAGUACGAGCUCAACAGCAAGAAGCACCACCAGUACCAGCCGCACAGCAAGGAGCGGGCAGGCAAGCCCCCACCGCCAGGCAAGAGCGGCAAAUACUACUACCAGCUCAACAGCAAGAAGCACCACCCCUACCAGCCGGACCCCAAAAUGUAUGACCUGCAGUACCAGGGCAGCCACAAGGAGGCGCCCAGCCCCACCUGCCCGGACCUAGGCGCCAAGAGCCACCCGCCCGAUAAGUGGGCCCACGGCGGGGGUGCCAAGGGCUACCUGGGAGCGGUGAAGCCCCUGGCCGGUGCGGUCGGGGCUCCAGGCAAGGGCUCCGAGAAGGGUCCCCCCAACGGAAUGACGCCGGCCCCCAAGGAAGCGGUGACGGGCAACGGGAUUGGGGGCAAGAUGAAGAUAGUCAAAAACAAGAACAAGAACGGACGCAUCGUGAUCGUGAUGAGCAAGUACAUGGAGAAUGGCAUGCAGGCAGUGAAGAUCAAGUCCGGGGAGGCAGCCGAGGGCGAGGCGCGCUCCCCCAGCCACAAGAAGCGGGCUGCCGAGGAGCGUCACCCCCCUGCAGACAGGACUUUCAAAAAGGCCGCGGGGGCGGAGGAGAAGAAGGUGGAAACGCCCUCCAAGAGGAGGGAGGAGGAAGGGCCGGGGGCCGGGGACCCGCAGCCCCAGGAGGCCGGCUCCCGCAAGCUCUCCCCGACCAAGGAGGCCUUCGGCGAGCAGCCGUUGCAGCUCACCACCAAGCCUGACCUGCUGGCCUGGGACCCGCCCCGCGGCACACAGCUGCCCUCCCACCAUCACCACCACCACCACCACCAUCACCAUCACCACGCCGUCGACCUAAAUCUCUCCCACGCGCGCAAGCGCUGCCUCUCCGAGACCCACGGCGAGCGAGAGCCCUGCAAGAAGCGCCUGACAGCGCGCAGCAUUAGCACCCCCACCUGCCUGGGGGGCAGCCCCACCGCCGAGCGCCCAGCGGACGUGCCCCCCGCUGCCGCCCUCCCGCAACCGGAGGUCAUCCUGCUGGACUCGGACCUGGACGAGCCCAUAGACUUGCGCUGCGUCAAGACGCGCGGCGAGGCCGGGGAGCAGCCCAGCGCCCUCCAGGUGAAGCCUGAGGCGCCCGCAACCGCGGCGGUGGCAGCUGCGCCGGCAACGGCGGCCGAGAAGCCUCCGACCGAGGCCCAGGACGAGCCCGAGGAGCCACUCAGCGAGUUCAAACCCUUCUUUGGGAAUAUAAUUAUCACCGACGUCACCGCAAACUGCCUCACCGUCACGUUCAAGGAGUACGUGACGGUGUAGCCUUCCGAAGGGCGUCGGAAGGGGAAGCGCUGUACCCGCAGGGGCUUAACACCUGGGGCCUGGGGGCGGACUCCUCCUCUCUCCAACUGCGGGAGAUCCGGGCCGGGCCCCAGCGCGAAAAUGCCAGAAGCCGCGGCAACCGCGCCCCUCCACCGGGUUCUGUACGGAGCGCCCGGCCCACACUGGCGCCUUCCACGCCGUGCCUGCGGGUCUCGCCCCUCAUCUGUCCCAUCCCCUCUCUCGUGGACCUCCGGGACUGACAGGGCAGCCACUCGAGGCGGUCUAAGAGUUAUAGUAUUAUAUUUUAACCGUGCUAACUUGUCAAGUGCAGACUUUACUCCCGUUUGUACGUGGUGUUAUUAUUGAAAUGUAUUGUUUGAGCUCAAAAGGCCCACCACCCCCUUCGGGCUGAUAUAUAUAUAUUUAUUUGUAGGUAUUUAUAUAUUGAAAUAUAAAAACCUAGAUUUAUGGAGUUCUCUCUAGAUCAUGUUAUAUUCUAUAUCAGACAAACUAUUUUCUGUUGACCUUUCUACCCGUUCAUUCAGUAUUUCGGUUGAUUUCAUUUCCUCCCCUUCCAGGAACUGCAAUACCAGUAACCUUGGUAUAUAUUUUUUGAUACUGUACACAUGGAUGUGUUGUUUCUAUGUGCAAAAAAAAAUUUUUUUUGUUAAAAGGCUAAACGAGCUCUCUAGAAACUGCUGCUACUAGAAAUGUCUAAACUAUAAGCUUCCAAUUAUUACCUGCUUGAAUGUAAAUAUUAAAUGGAGAUGUUGAAGGUG